GGACAGACACGGAGGGUGAGUUUUGGGGGAUCUUGUUUGGAGAAAUGCAGGACGACCACCUAGAUUCGAUCACGGACGAGCUGUUGGUAUUCCUGGCCCAAUUACUAGAUGAUCUGCCUUCGGAGAUACUUUCCCGCUGCGACGAAAGACCGGGAACGGCCACGCUCACUCGUACCUUGGCCCCCCAUCUCAUGUGGUCUACGUGCACGGAGCUCGACGGGGACCAUUGCUGUUAUCCAUCUGAAGGCGCUUACCUGGUGGUCAAUUAUCACUGAUCUUUCCUUUUGGGAUCCUCUCAUCCGGCGAGUGAACGUAGGAGAAACCGACGAGGAAGCCGAAGAAGAGGAAGAGGCCGAGGAGGAGAUCGAGGGGGGCGAUUAUCUUCACUAUACGGAAGGAGAGGAGACGCCAGAAGAGGAAGAAUCGGAGGCUGACUCGGACGAUCCCGAUUAUCAAGAAUCAGGAAACGUCGAGUCGGGAGAAGCCAGCUCGGACCAGGAGGAGUCGGAGGAGGAAGAGGGUGAAUCACGUGAAUCGAGUGGCCCCGACAAACUGAGCAGGGAAGAGCGAGAGGUCGUGGCACAACGGAAACGGGCAGCAGCAGAAGGCAAACGGUCAAUCGAGGAAUCAGGAGGGCCACCACCUCAACUGUUGCAGGGCCAUCCGGCUCUCAAUUCGGAACUACCACAAGAAGAGGCAAAGGGAAAUGGAGGCACCACGACAAAGGGAUCGGGAAGCCGGCGCCGCCGAAGAAGUGAAUCCCCGAACCAAUCCUCUCCCCGUCCCAGCCUUCGCCUAGGUCGAGAUGCGAGCGCUCGGGCUUUGUCCCCGGUCGUUAUCCCGUCAUCCCCAUGAGUUCCUCACCCUUUACCAGCUUAUAGGUCGAACCCCAUUCCCCAACAGAUGGCACCCCUGCCCCCCUGCCCUCUUCCACCAUCUCUACUCUACCCGCCUCCUGGUUACCGUCUUCCCGCACACUACCACUCGCUCGCUCGUCGCUUCUUUCCCCCUCCACGUCCUUCUCUUUAGCAUGGAUUGGCAGAAAUUCAAUAAUAUAAAGUUGUAUUGCAUCAUUGCGGGCACGAUCCCAGCGUGCGAAGAGUAUGAUGAUUUCCACAUUGCUAUCCACCGCGCACCCUUUGCACGCUCUAUCCCGAUU